AUGGCAUCAGUACCGUCCAUCGGCUGCCUUCUGGCCAAAAGUCAGUAUUAUCGAAAGGCCAGUGUUUCUUCAGGUAGCUCUUUAACCGGCCCUGACUCUGUUAACUUCGUAAAGGAUGAAAAAUCCCAGCAAGGAUUACCAGCAGUGGCAGAACCCACCUGGUGGUUUAAAUCCUUUUUCCAAUCUGAACCUGUGCUUUCAAAUGUUAAAAAAAAGAGCAGUCUGCUUGUGGGUAAGCAAGGUUCUAAAUUUGUUUCUCCAAUACCUUCAGGAACAAAUAACAAUUAUCUCCUCCGAUAAAAGGAAUCACAGUUCCUCGGAGAAAUGGCUGAUCCCAGGACAAGGAAGAAACAGUAA